GUAGCGCGCGUACACCGCGAGUAAUCCCCAGUCGGCCAGCAGCAUUUUAGCAGUAGAACACACUUAACCAGUAGUGUCGGUGCAGCUCUAACACACAUUCAUAUAUAUAUAUAUAUUACCUUAUAUAUAAUUUUUUUUUCAUAAAAAAAAAAAUAAAUAAAUAAUAACAAUAAUAAUUUAGCUGACCUAUUUUCAUAACUGUUUUCCACAAUACAUGCUAUUAAAUAUUAUAUACAUCGAGUUCAUCAUGCGAUACAAUUCACGUGCUUAGCAUAAAAUCGUUGUCGUGUCUUCUCUCCUAUAUACGAGGAUUACGCGUCGUUUUUAAAUUCGUACAUAAUAAAAAUAACAUUCCACGCAAAAAACGAUCCGAUUAAAUACUACAACACAAUAUUGUUAUAAACGCAUAAUAUUAUAUUAGUAUUGUUGUCAUUACUAUCGUCAACGACUCCCGCCUUGUAUUGCAAUUAUACAUAUUUUUAACCGUAUCGUAGAUGACAUAAAUUGUAUAGCAUUAUCUAUAAAAUUAUCGAUAUAACACAUAUAAAUACAAAAUAUAAACUUAAUUACAUAAUAUACAGAAUAACUCGAUUAUAGUGACUCUCAUCAAUAUAUAAGUAAAUAAGCCACGCGAAAGAAGCUGAUAUAACCGCUACGAUAGAACCGUAGAUACAGUUUGCUGUCAAAGUCGUCCAAACAGCUUUCAAAAUUAACCGCUCACGAGAAAGGGGUAUGGGCAAAGGAGAUAAAAAGCCUACGUCCCAGAAUAGUGCUGGUUCGAACAUAGUGGGCAAGUUUACUCAGAGUGUCAGACGAAUAGUACAAGACGUCAAGGACGAAGGCACUGCUAGUGGUCAGACUAAAGAAGAAGUCAUAGAAACAAAUGAAAGAUUGAGAGCAGUACGAAUUCGUUUAGAGGAAUCUUAUGAUACGGCUAAAAAGUCACUCAUUACACUAAUGACUAAGUACACAGAGAGUAAGUCAACACGAAAUGUCUUCCAAAGGUACAAUCUUCUGAAAGCCAUGAUUAAGGAAGUUAUACGAUUGGAAACACAAUAUUGGACAUUGGUCGAGAUACCCAAACAAGAGAAACAAGAAACGGUACCAUCAUUUGUGCUAAGAGCGUGUGGGAUUGUGGAAAAAUCGCAAAAGUCGGGUGAAGGUGUCAAGUCUACGGCUAAACUAGCUGAAGAAGAUGAAAAGAAACGAGAACGUAUUGAUAGACUUUGUGACAUGACGACGGCUCAAAUUGAAGCAGAGAAUACACAAAUGACAAAUGACCUUUACCGAUUGUUAAAGAAAUACACUGGUCUAAGAAAUCUUAUAAGAGAACUGAAGGUAGAAUAUGUCAACUCAAAAGUGUACCCGAUAUUUCCACGUUACAAUAUACUGAAAGACUUAAUAAAGGACAUCAUGCAUCAUCAGGAAUACAUGGAAGUCUGCCACGAAGUUGAUGCUGUAUAACGAGGGACGAAGAAGGACGACGCACAAAUUUUUUAUACGCACACAUAAUAAAUUAAAUAUAAAAAUGAAUAUAUACACGGCAUUUAUUUAAAUUUAUGACCGACUAACAAAAUAAAAUCAGAGCGUUGUGUGCUAGUAUAUAAUAUAUUUUUGUGUGUAAAUAUAAGUGUGUGUUAAACUUGUGUGAUUAUAAGCGUAUGUGUGUGUGUGACUCGUGUGUAUGUGUGUGUGCGCGCGCGCGUGUGUGUGUGCAUGUGUUUUUUAUCUGAAUCGUGCCAAGCUACAUUUUAUUUCAACAUUUUUCCUGCAUACUUUUCGUCAUUUAAAUAAUGUGUUCCCACAAAAUUUGAAGAUACCUAUGGGUAUCAUCACAUUUGCUUUUAUCGCAUUUUACCAUUAUCGACGGAAAAAAUUCGAUGUCUCAUUUUCGUUUUUUUUCCCCCGAGGAGAAAACCCAAUUUUAUGACGUUUUUCAAUAUUUCCCUUUUCGUCACUGCUAUAUUUCAUUCUAUUCAUCAACUGAUAUCCGAAUAAUAUUGACAUUAUUAAUGCUAUACUAUGAAUAAGUCGAUUUUAAAUAAUAUACUUAUAAUAAUGAUGACUAAUUAUUUAUACGCCAUAUGUAAUAUUUAAUCAUGUAAUUAUAUUAUAUUUAAUUAAUUUAAAAUUGAUAAAAAUAAUUGAAUUUUUUGAAAAGAAAAAACUUAAGUCUGUUAUAUACAAUCGUAUAUACCGUGUAAACUCGACAGCGUUUCGUGGUGUAAUCAUAAUAUAUACCUAAUAUAAUAUAUUGUAAAGAAUAUAUUUAUUUUUUUUUUUUUUUUUGGAAAACGAAAAAACGCUUAAUCAUAAAUCAUAAUAUUAUAAUAUAAUAUAUACCUACCUACUAUUACAAUACUAUUGUGAUCUUCCGUGCCCUAUUGGACGUUAUGAUUUUAUACGCAUAAAUUAUUAUACUGUUAUUGAUAAUGAUUCAACGACAAGGAGACGUGAACUUACCGACGUGUUAUUAUAUUAGAAGGCUACCCCGCGUCCCUUGUAAAUAUUGUUAAAAAAAAAAAAAGAAAAAUCGCGCGCGCCUUUUUCAAUGCAAAACCAGUACGCCGAUCGUGUGGUAUGCACGUAAUUGUUACAAAUUUCUAGUGAGUCUAAUAGUAUUCGAGUGUAGUUAAUAACGCAAUCAGAUUAAUGAGGGGUGCUCGAAAGUCGCCACACAAUCUCAUCGAUAACAAUGUUUCUUCCGGCGGACACGUCGACGGUACGAUUUCAUUUAACCGUAUCGUCGGGAGCAAUGUAGUAGGCCACUAAACUUGCACCAAAAACCGUUGUGGACCGUGUCUGUUGUAUUUAUACAACAGUGACCGCAGUCGAAUUGAAUACGAUUGCGUUCGAUACACUAUGCUUUUAUGCUAUAGUAGCGAAUUACUUUUUUUUUCUUUCUCUCGUUCAUUUUAUACCAGUGAUAUUGUGCAUGUGACUUUUAAAUUAUUAUAAAAUAUAUCAAUUAAAAACUUUUCACCGGAACAUUAAAAAAUAAAAAAGCUAACACAAACUUAAGAAAUCGUAUUCUUUUAUAAUCAGAUGUUAUUCUAUUUUACGAAUACGACAUUAUAUAAUAUAUAAAUUGUAUGCAUACGUAAAACGUCACAUAAUGAUACUCAUCAUCAACAGUUGGUAAUUUUUUUAUUAGUUGUUGUUUGUAUCAAAUAAAAUUGUAUAAUCAAAUUUACAUUUAUAAAGCUCAAAUUCUCUUCUUUCCCACUUAAAAUAAUUUCUUAUUUUAUGCAAAUUUAACCAUGAUCAAAAAUUGAAUAAAUAUUAUACACAUAUUAUACUCAUACAGUUCUUGGAUACUAUAUCAUACAUUUUGGUGAUCUCUAUUUGAAAUAAAUGAAAAAAAAAAGAUUCACUAUGUGUGGUAUACUUAAAAAUGUGUACUUUUAUUUAAUUAUUUAUCUAAUUUUAUUAACAUUAGAAAAAUUACAUACCAAUGGAUAUUACAUGUACCUAAUACAAAAUUUAAUAUUCCAACUCGUGUAACACUAAGCUGUAGCUACAUGAAGACUCCUCUGACCUAUUACCUAUACCUACAUAAUAAAUUGUAUAAUGUUUUAUUAUCAUUAUCAACCCCUGAUAAAUUAAGGUUCAUGGGCCAUGUUUUUAAAACAAUUAAUAUCGAAGAAAUAUUGUUAUCGACCUUAAAAAACAUAUCGUUUUUCUUUUCCUUUUUAGUGUUAACAAAAAAAAUGUCCAAACAUAAUAAAACCCUUCACAUACCACCACGUUGUUCUAUUCGGCGUAAUUCCAAAAAAAAAAAAAAAAUAAUAAUAACAAUUUGUUUUAAAAUAAUAAACUAUUAUGUUAUAAUAUAGUGAGUUUUUACACGAAUUUUUUUUUUAAUAUUUAUUAUUUAAUAACAAUAUUAUUAAAUUAUUUACCAAACACAAUUGUUAUUGUUGAUUAUAUUAAUAAUAUGAAAUUAUGCUUACCUAACUUCGAAAAUGUACUCGUAUAUCGUAUUUGCCAUUUGGUACGUAUUAUAAUAACUUAACUUGUAGAACUAUAAUAUAUUAUAAUAAAUAAAUUGUAAACGUGGAGAUAUUUUUUUACGUUUAAGUAAGAAAAUCCCACUUAGUUAUCUUUUGUUUUAUUUCGGUUGUGCAUAUAUAGAAUAUAAUAUAGUUUAGUAUUACCUAAUCUAGUCAAACAAUCUUGUUUAACACGUAAUUAGUUUUUUAGCAUAUUAUAUUAAUAUUGUUAUCUGCUCGAACUAUUGA